AUGUCGGGCGAAACCUCGAAAUGCUCAGAUGAAGCAGGCGAGAAACUCUGCUCCGUCGUCAAGAGCCACAAAGUAGUGGUUUUCACUAAAGAGCACGAUCCUUUGAGCUUCGAGGUGGUUGAGACGCUCAAACAGAUCAAUCCGAAAGACAUGCACAUCGUAAACAUUGACAAGUGCGACUGCAAGCACGCUGAGGAGCUUCUCAAGUCAAAAACGGGCGAUCGUCCCGGCCCGCGUGUUUUCAUCGACGGCAAGUUCGUUCAGGACCUAGAAACCUCUCUAAAAGAUACGGAUCUAAGGGAAGUCCUUGAGAAGAAAUGCAAGGAUGCAGGUGCUUUGUAG